ACGAAGCAGAGCAGCAGAGAUCAGCAACUACAGGUACAGCUGGACUACAUACUAAUCAUUGAUUCAUUAUGCCAUUAAAAGCCCACUUGGAAACCACAGCCCCUGAAGCUGCGACGGCUGCAUUGUGGUACUAAAGUGAUGAUGAAAUCCCUAAUUCUCCUCGGAGCAGAAGAUUUCCUCUGACUUCAGCAGGGAGAAACUAUGGCGACCGCGUUAGAGCUGCUGGAAACUUUGGAGGAUUUGGGAGAUAAAGAGCUGAAAAACUUCAAGUGGUACCUACAGCAGCCUGACUUCCUGAAGGACUUCCCCCCCAUCCCAAAGAGUCGACUAGAGAACGCAGACCGGCCGGACACUGUGGACCUGAUGGUGCAGACCUACAGCCAUGUGUGUGUGGACGUGGCCAAGAAGGUUUUAAAGAGGAUGAGGAGGAAUGAUCUCGUGGAGAGUUUGUCAAUCACCGACCCAGAACCUGAAGGUCAGUCAGCAGCUGCAACAUCUGGAGCAGUGGAAGUCGAUGAUUUUGAAGAGACAAAGAACUCAAAGAGUCGACUAGAGAACACAGACCAGCCAGAAGCUGUGGAUUUGAUGUUGCAGACCUACAGCCAUCAGUGUGUGGACGUGGCCAACAAGGUUUUAAAGAAGAUGAGGAGGAAUGAUCUCGUGGAGGGUUUGUCAAUCACCGACCCAGAACCUGAAGGUCAGUCAGCAGUUGCAACAUCUGGAGCAGUGAAAGUUGAUGAUAUUGAAGAGACAAAAAACUCAAAGAGUCGACUAGAGAAUGCAGACCGGUUGGACGCUGUGGAUUUGAUGUUGCAGACCUACAGCCAUCAGUGUGUGGACGUGACCAACAAGGUUUUAAAGAAGAUGAGGAGGAACGAUCUUGUGGAGGGUUUGUCAAACACCGACCCAGAACCUGAAGUGGAUGUUGAUGAUAUUGAAGAGACUUCAAAGAAGAAAGCAGCUUCAUCUGCUCAUCCACAGGCUGCUUCUCUUUCUGAACUACCAACCGUCAGCAGGCAAACUGAAGAUGUGAUGGUGCCAGUAUUACAGCCUCCACAAGCAAACACAUUGCAGAAGAUCACACUGCAGUCUGACCUCCAGAACAUGUUCAUUUGUGCACAAGACAGGUGGAUAGAGAAGCAACACAAGGAACUUUUGCGUGACAUGAACCCAGAGGUGUUCGUGAUGGACACCGGCACAGAGGGAAAACCCAUGAGAACAGUUCUGACCAAUGGGAUUGCAGGCAUUGGCAAAUCAUUCAUUGUGCAGAAGUUUUUGUUGGACUGGGCUGAAAAAAGAGCCAAUCAAGAUUUGCAUCUAAUAUUCCCCUUCACUGUCCAGCAGCUGAAAUUGUGGAGUGGAAAAAGGUUUCGUUUGGCAGAGCUAAUUCACACAUGUAUCCCAGAAGCCAAUGUCAUUAAGGAGGAGACUCUUAACGACAUCUUCACAACUCUACAGAAUUCAAGAAACUCCAACUUUGACAAAAGUGAAUUCAAACUUCUGUUUGUGUUUGAUGGACUGGAUGACAGCCUCCUUCGGCUAGAUUUAUUGGACAAAACAACAGAGUACGUUGAUGUGACAAAGUCAACCACAGUGGAUGUGCUGCUGACAAACCUCAUCAGGGGGAAUCUGCUUCCCUCUGCUCGCCUCUGGAUAACCACACAACCCGCAGCAGCCAAUCAGAUCCCUCCUGAGUGUGUUGACAUGGUGAAAGAGGUCAAAGGGUUUACUGACCGACAGAAGGAGGAGUACUUCAGGAAGAGAUUCAGAGAUGAGGAGCAGGCCAGCAGAGUCAUCUCCCACAUCAAGAGAUCACGAAGCCUCCACAUCAUGUGCCACAUCCCAGUCUUCUGCUGGAUUACUGCUACAGUUCUGGAGGACGUGUUGAAGACCAGAGAGGGAGGAGAGCUGCCCAAGACCCUGACUGAGAUGUACAUCCACUUCCUGGUGGUUCAAUUCAACCAGAAAAAGGAGAAGUAUGGCCCAGAAAAGUGCAUUCAGUAUAUUAAGUCAUUGGCAAAACUAGCUUUUCACCAGCUUCUGAAAGGCAACACAGUCUUUGAUGAGGAAGACCUGAACCACAGUGGAAUUGAUAUCAUAGCAGCCUCAAAGUACUCAAAAGUAUUACCAGAGAUCUUCAAGCAGGUGUGUGGGCAGAGGAACAAUGAGGACCAGCAGAUAUUCUUCUUUGCUCACUUGAGCACUCAGGAGUUUCUUGCUGCUGUUCAUGUGAACAAAUCGCUGAGAGUCAAAAGUCUGUGGAUGUGUUUCGGCAAAUCCUCUAAAGCAAAUGUCCACAAAAUUGCAGUGAACAAGGCCUUACAGAGCCCAAAUGGACACCUUGACUUGUUCCUCCGGUUCCUUCUGGGUCUUUCACAGCAGACCCCUCAGAGUUUCCUACAAGAACGCCUGACACCCCUAGGAAGUAGCCCAGAGAACAACCAGAAAACAAUAAAGUACAUCAAGAAGAAGAUCAGAAAGAACCUGUCUCCAGACAGAUGCAUCAACCUGUUCCACUGUCUGAAUGAACUGAAUGAUUGUUCUUUAGAGGAAGAGAUCCAAAUUUACCUGAGAUCAAUAAGUCUCUCCACAGAUAAACUGUCUCCUGCUCAGUGGUCAGCAGUGGUCUUCAUCUUACUGUCAUCGGAGAACCAUCUGGAUGUGUUCGACCUGAAGAAAUACUCUGCUUCAGAAGAAGCUCUUCUGAGGCUGCUGCCAGUUGUCAAAGCCUCCAACAAAGCUCUGCUGAGUGGCUGUGAUCUGACAGAGAGAAGCUGUGAAGCUCUGUCCUCAGUUCUCAGCUCUGAGUCCUCUAGUCUGAGAGAGCUGGACCUGAGUAACAACGACCUGCAAGAUUCAGGAGUGAAGCUGCUCUCAGUUGGAUUGGCAAGUCCACACUGUAUGCUGGAAAAUCUCAGGCUGUCAGGGUGUCUGGUCACAGAGGAAGGCUGUGCUUUUUUGGCUUCAGCUCUGAACUCCAACCCCUCCCAUCUGAGAGAGCUGGACCUGAACUUCAAUCAUCCAGGAGACUCUGGAGUUAUGCUGAUAUCUGAUGGACUCAAGGAUCCAAACUGGAGACUGGACACUGUCAGGAUGGACCAUGGUGGAGAGCAGAGGCUGAAACCUGGGGUGAGGAAGUAUGCCUGUGAAUUGGAGCUGGACCCAAACACAGCAGAUAGAAAACUCAAACUGUCUCACAACAACAGGAAGGUGAUAUGUUCAGAGUAUCAGCCAUAUCCUGAUCAUCCAGACAGAUUUGACAGCUUUUAUCCUCAGCUGCUGUGUAAAAAUGAAUUGACUGGUCGCUGUUACUGGGAGGUCAAGUGGAGAGGAGACGUCGACAUUGCAGUGACUUACAAAGGAAUCCAAAGGAAAGGCAACAGUAAACACUGCAGGUUUGGAGGGAACGAUAAGUCCUGGAGUCUGCACUGCUCCAACGGUCACUGCACUGAUUGUUACUUUGUCUACUACAACAACAAAGAAACAAAAUUGUCCUUCCCGUCCUCCUUCCCCUCCUCCUCCUCUGUCUCUGGCAGAGUAGGAGUGUUUGUGGACUGUGCUGCUGGCACUCUGUCCUUCUACAGAGUCUCCUCUGUCUCACUGAUCCACCUCUACACCUUCAACACCACAUUUACUCAGCCUCUUUAUCCUGGGUUUGGGUUAGGACAAAUUGUUUGGGACAAUAUGGGUGAUUUCAAAUCCUCAGUGUCUCUGUAGGCCAGUGAUUACCAAACUAUUUUGCAGGUCCCCUCUUUUGUAAGUACUAAUAUUUUCAAGCGCCCCCCCAGUUUGGGAAUCACUGCUGUAGGCCGUGUACCCUAGGCGUGUAACUGAAUAAAUCAUUUGGAUAUUAACAAAGCCAGACCGUCCUCACCCAGAAAACAACUGUAUAGAUCGACUCUGCAAGAAGCUUAUAACGACACAUAUUUACGCAUGUUGUUAGGUGACGACCUCUAGUAGCCAUAGUAAGUAUGGCAGGAGCAAAAGGAGAAAGUGAGCUGACAAAGUACAAGAGCGCCAAUGAUGUACAGGACUUUCUCUCAGGAGACCAGGGUUUGUGUCCCGUGGGCAGUGUUGGGAGUAAUGGCGUUCAAGUAUACCAGCGUUACUUCGGCUUUAUUUUUUCAGUAACGGAGUAAUCUAAUUAAUUACUUUUCCCAUUGUUGCAACGCCGUUAUCGUUACUGAGAAUGUAAAGUGGCGCUUUCGCUACACAUCAGCUGCCUGGAGAGAGC